CGGCGGCGCGGGGCGGUGCCGGUGCCGGUGCCGGUGCCCACCCCCGCUGCCGGUGGCGGGGCGGAGCGGCCGCCCCGAGCGCUAUAAAGCGGGCGGCCGCGCCGGUGCCGCAGCGAGGGCGGGGGUCGCCAUGAGCCUGAUGCUGGAGACGCUGCUGGGCCCCCCGGGGGGGCUCCGCAAGGAGCCGGGCCGCGCUGCCCCGCGCUCCGCCGCCUCCAGCGGCUUCUACUCGUGGCCGGCCCCGGUGGCGGGGCGGGCGCGGGGCGCGGGCGGCGGCAGCGCGGCCGCGUCCUCCACCGAGAGCCUGGACUCGCUGAACGGCGAACCGCGGGCGCGCAACGAGAAGGAGCUGCUGCAGGUGCUGAACGACCGCUUCGCCGGCUACAUCGAGCGGGUGCGGGCGCUGGAGCAGCAGAACCGGGCGCUGGCGGCCGAGGCGGCGGCGCUGCGGCAGCAGCAGGCGGGGCGCUCGGCCAUGGGCGAGCUGUACGCGCGGGAGCUGCGGGACAUGCGGGGCACCGUGCUGCGCCUGGGCGCCGAGAAGGGCCAGCUGCGGCUGGAGCGGGCGCGCCUGGCCGAGGACGUGGCGGCGCUGCGGGGACGGCUGGAGGACGAGGCCCGGCAGCGCUCGGAGCUGGAGGCGGCGGCCCGCGGGCUGGCGCAGCGCUCGGCGCAGGAGGAGCGGGCGCGGGCGCCGCUGGAGGAGCGGGCCCGGGCGCUGCGGGAGGAGGCGGAGCAGCUGCGGAGGCAGCACCGCGCCGAGGUGGGAGCGCUGCUGCGCGGGGCGCGCCCCGAGCUGCCCGCGGAGCCGCCCGCCUCGCUGCGCCCCGGCGUCACCGCCGCGCUGCGCGACCUGCGCGCUCAGCUGGAGGGCACGGCGGCCCGCAGCACCCUGCAGGCCGAGGAGUGGUUCCGCGUGAGGCUGGACAAGCUCUCGGAGGUGGCCAAGGUGAACACGGACGCCAUGCGCUUGGCCCAGGAGGAGAUCUCCGAGUACCGCCGGCAGCUCCAGGCCAAGACCACCGAGCUGGAAGCCCUCAAGGGGACCCAGGAGUCGCUGGAGAGGCAGAGGCAGGAGUCGGAGGAGCGCCACCACGCAGAUGUCCUGUCCUACCAGGAAACCAUCCAGCAGCUUGACAACGAGCUGAGGAACACCAAGUGGGAGAUGGCAGCUCAGCUCCGCGAGUACCAGGAUCUGCUCAACGUCAAAAUGGCCCUGGACAUCGAAAUUGCUGCCUACAGAAAGCUCCUGGAAGGGGAGGAGUAUCGGCUGGAGACUGGCAUUGGGAUGCUCUCCUACCCCGAGGUGGUCCCCAAGCCUCCCAGCAUCACCACCAGCAUCAAGGUGAAGAGCGAGGAGAAGAUCAAGGUGGUGGAAAAAUCAGAGAAGGAGACAGUGAUUGUGGAGGAGCAGACAGAGGAAAUCCAGGUGACCGAGGAGGUCACAGAGGAGGAGGAGGCUGAGAAAGAGGCUGAAGAGGAAAAAGCAGAAGAGGGGGAGGAAGAGGGGGAGGAAGAAGAAGAGGAGAAGGCUGAAGAAGAGGCUGAAGAAAAGGCCAAGUCUCCUGCAAAGGAGGAGGCCAAGUCCCCAGAGAAACCUGAGUCCCCUGCAAAGGAAGAGGCCAAGAGCCCAGCUGUGAAAUCCCCAGAAAAACCUGCAACCCCCUCAAAGGAGGAGGCCAAGAGCCCAGCUGUGAAGUCCCCAGAGAAACCCCCAACCCCCUCAAAGGAGGAAGCCAAGACUCCAGCUGUCAAAUCCCCUGAAAAGCCACCAACACCCUCUAAGGAGGAGGCCAAGACCCCCGCAGUGAAAUCGCCAGAGAAACCGACACCUCCCUCAAAAGAGGAGGCCAAGACCCCAACAGUGAAAUCCCCAGAGAAACCGACACCUCCCUCAAAAGAGGAGGCCAAGACCCCAACUGUCAAGUCCCCAGAGAAACCCCCAGCCCCUUCUAAAGAGGAGGCCAAGCCCCCAGCUGUGAAAUCCCCAGAGCCACCUGCAACUCCCUCGAAGGAGGAAGCCAAACCUCCAUCUGUCAAAUCCCCAGAGAAGCCCCCAAGCCCCUCUAAGGAGGAGGCCAAGCCCCCAGCUGUGAAGUCCCCAGAGAAGCCCCCAAGCCCCUCUAAGGAGGAGGCCAAGCCCCCGGCUGUGAAGUCCCCAGAGAAAGCCAAAUCUCCCGUGAAGGAGGAGGCCAAGUCUCCGCAGAAGGAAGCAGCCCCAGCCAAGGAGCCAAGCCCUGCUCCGAAGGCCCCGGCCAAGGAGGAGCAGCCCAAGGAGGUGAAGGCUCCCUCCAAGCCUGAGGAGGGUAAGAAGGAGGAAGCUCCCAAGAAGGAUGUCCCAGCCAAGGCAGAGGAGAAACCCAAGGAGAAGGCGGCUGCUGUGCCAGAGCCUCCAGCUCCACAGGCCAAAGAGACCAAGCCAAGCCCCAAACCUGCCGAAGAAGCUCCAGCAAAACCUCAGCAGGAGGUCAGCAAGGCGGCUGCCAAGGAGGCUGAAAAGCCAAAGGCUGAGGAGCCCAAGAAGAAAGUAGAAGAACCCAAGAAGGAAAAGGCGGAGGAGCCCAAGAAGGCAGAGGAGCCCAAGAAAGAAAAGACAGAGGAGCCCAAGAAGGCAGAGGAACCCAAGAAGGAGAAGGCAGAGGAGCCUAAGAAGGUGGAGGAACCCAAGAAGGAGAAGGCAGAGGAACCCAAGAAAGUGGAGGAACCCAAAGCUAAAGCAAAACCCAAAGAUGAGCCCAAAGCCAGUAAGGAACCCCCCAAAGGCGAGGCUCCCUCCAGCAAGGAGGGCUCAGCCCCAGAGCCGGGGAAGAAGUGAUGGAAGAGUCCCGGGAGCCGAAGGCACCUCCGGGCACGGGAGCUGCUCCACUCCCUCCGACGGCUGGGCCCAGGGUGGAGCCCCCAGGCCCCCCAGGGCCCCCCAGGGCCCCCCAGGCCAGGCUUUCCCUUAGCAAUAGGCCCGUGAGAGCCCCGUGGGUGGGCGAUUGCUUCCCUCGCAGAACGUGAUAUUCGCCGAGCGCCACAUUUAACACUUGAAUUAUAACCCAGGAGAAGAGGGGGGGCCCCCAGGGGAACCCCACCACCCUUCUCCUCUAAGUGCAUUUAUUUAAUGUAUGUGCAAUGGAUGGAUGAGUGCAAUGCAGAGCUGUAGCUGCUUGGGGGGGCUGGCGGGGUCCUGCCCUGCCCUGGGGGGUGACAGUCCCUCUGGGCAGAGGUGGGAGAGGCUGGGAGCUGCUGGAAUGCUCACAGACACACACGGUGCACCAGGAACCUCAGCCCACUGAUCUUUGCUUUCUGUGCAAUAACCAAAUAAAAGUGCUUACAGAGACA